CCCGGGUCCCCGCUGCAGAAAAGCGGGCCACCAGCAGACAGCGCCUCAUCCCGACGCUGUCAGCGCGCACAGCCUCGGCUGCUCUCCUCGCUCGCCUUCUGUCCCUAUCCAGGGACCGGUUAGGUGCGGGCGACGGGAUUCCAGCUGAGGUUUCAGAAUCUGAGACCUCACCAAAGAAUCAGACUGGGUGCCGCCAGCAGCCACCCCAGUCUGGGUUGGGAGCGCACGCGUCUUUGGAGCUGUCCGCGGCGGUGCAGUUUCCCCAGGGAGCCAACUUUAGGCCAGCUCGAGGACUGGGUGCAGGUAGUUGGGUCUUGCAUACGGGUGGACGGGUUGACUGUGGCUGGUGGAGCCAUUGGAACCCUAGUGGAGGUGGUGGGGUGCCUCGCGACUCUGGCACCUGGAGGCACGCCCGGUGCUCCCAGAGCCUGGAAUGAGACUUCUCAGGAGCAAGAUGCACAGCCCUUAACUGUCGAGGGCUGAGGCGCGCGUUGGCUUGCUGACGCUGCUGGGCUCUGAAGGAUCCUCAUGGGAGGGGUAGUGGGAACAGCAGUUGGGAAUCCUGAGGGGUAGGUAUUGAGACCGGAGUUCUUCCAGGAGGGACCGCUGGAUUGGGGUUCCACGGAAGCACUUAUUGUGGGAGUCCGGGGUGAGGAGGGAUCUUAGGAGGUUGGAGAGGGGUGGUCCUGAGCUGGAGUUUCCCAGGCAAGUAAUUGUUUGGGGGAUCUCCGGGGGAAAAUAACUGCAGUAACAUUUGCUAGGAGAGAUGGCUGUUUGGGGCGUCUCGCGGAAGAUGGAUGUGCUGGGGUGGGGGGGCGUGGCGGGUAGCUAGUUUGGGAAUCUCUGGGAGAGGUAGACUGUUUUGGGAGGCCCAGUCCCGGAGGACAGUGGCUGAUUCCGACCCUCCCUUUUCAAGGAGCUGGCAGUCUGGUAGAUUCCCGCUCAUUUCCAGUGGCUCAGAGGAGGUACCUCAAGCGGGGAUUUCUGGGGUGGCGGCUGAACAACCCCCGGGCCGGCCGUUGUGCUCCUAGUCCCAAAUAAUUUGGGCUUCCUGGGAAGGGGACAAAUGAACCGCAAGUGCGUCGGGAGAGAAGUGCUUGGUCUUCUCACGGCCCUCUGGGUUUGUUUCAGGCUCCGACCCAGCAGAUCGGUCCGAGGGGUCUCAGGCAGUGGAACCCGAGGAGCCCCCAGGCACGCCGGAUUGCGCGUCGGGUCCCGUCCCGCAGCGCCAUUCCUUAAAGGGCUCUAAGGCCAGGGGCGCGCGGCAGCCACGGGCAUGGAGGGCGCGCUUGCGGCCAACUGGAGCACGGAGGCGGUCAAUGGCAGCGAGGCGCCGCCGGGAGCCGAGGGCAACCGCACCGCCGGGCCCCCGCAGCGCAACGAGGCCCUGGCGCGCGUGGAGGUGGCCGUGCUGUGCCUCAUUCUCUUCCUGGCGCUGAGCGGCAACGCGUGCGUGCUACUGGCGCUGCGCACCACGCGCCACAAGCACUCGCGCCUUUUCUUUUUCAUGAAGCACCUGAGUAUAGCCGACCUGGUGGUGGCAGUGUUCCAGGUGCUGCCGCAACUGCUCUGGGACAUCACUUUCCGCUUCUACGGGCCCGACCUGCUGUGCCGCCUGGUCAAGUACCUGCAGGUGGUGGGCAUGUUCGCCUCCACCUACUUGCUGCUGCUCAUGUCUCUCGACCGCUGCCUGGCCAUCUGCCAGCCGCUGCGGGCGCUGCGUCGCCGCGCGGACCGCCUGGCGGUGCUCGCCACGUGGCUGGGGUGCCUGGUGGCCAGCGCGCCGCAAGUGCACAUCUUCUCGCUGCGCGAGGUGGCCGACGGCGUCUUCGACUGCUGGGCCGUCUUCAUCCAGCCCUGGGGGCCCAAGGCCUACAUCACGUGGAUCACGCUCGCGGUCUAUAUCGUGCCUGUCAUCGUGCUCGCCGUCUGCUACGGCCUCAUCAGCUUCAAGAUCUGGCAGAACUUGCGGCUCAAGACCGCGGCGGCGGCGGCGGAGGGGCAGGAGGGCGCGGCGGCGGCGGGCAGCGCUGGGCGCGCGGCUCUGGCACGCGUCAGCAGCGUGAAGCUCAUCUCCAAGGCCAAGAUCCGCACCGUCAAGAUGACCUUCAUUAUCGUGCUGGCCUUCAUCGUGUGCUGGACGCCAUUCUUCUUCGUUCAGAUGUGGAGCGUCUGGGACGCCAAUGCGCCCAAGGAAGCCUCGGCCUUCAUCAUAGCCAUGCUCCUGGCCAGCCUCAACAGCUGCUGCAACCCUUGGAUCUACAUGCUCUUCACCGGCCACCUCUUCCACGAACUUGUACAGCGCUUCCUCUGCUGCUCCUCCAGCUACCUGAAGGGCAGCCGGCCGGGAGAGACCAGCGUCAGCAAAAAGAGCAACUCCUCCACCUUCGUCCUGAGCCGCCACAGCUCCAGCCAGAGGAGCUCCUCGCAGCCAUCCACAGUGUGACCGGCCCGGGGCCAGGACUGCCUCCCACGGCUCAGCCUGUGCCUACACGGACAGUCCACCCCUUGGUGGCAUGUGUGCGUGUAUUUGAGGUACCUUUCAGUUUGCACCCUUCCACACCUUGGGGUAGCUUGAGCGGGGAAUUCUGACAUGGGGGUUGGGGAAGUAGUCCUCAUGGUGGAAGAUGAUGGGGUGACUCAUCCAUCAGACAAUCCCUGGAUCUCCCCUGGUUUCCCACAGAUGUUUAUGUACCCUGACCCCACUGUUGCCCCUGGCUGGUGGAUGGGUUGGUUUUUUCUCCUGGACCUGUCAUUUCACUCCAGUAUCUUUUAACUCCUUUAUGCUGGGAUCUUGAGAAAGUAAGUAUAGGAUUGGUGACUCCCCGGGUGUGGAAGCCUAGUGUUCUUAGCUCAGAAUAAGGAGUGAGCUCAGCUGCGGAGGGUGGUACCAAUAUCUUCCUGACUUCAGAGUGCUUUUACCUUUGCAUGGGCCCAUUCCAGCAUCCUGGGGCAACAGCAUGUCAGAAUGUGGCCCUAGGAACAGGGGAUUCCCUUAUGGCAUAGGCAGCUGAUUAAAACCUGGGUUACAAAUGUUUAAGAAGCUAAUAUUUGUAUGAAGCAAUUGGGAAAGAAAAAGAAAUAAAAGGCAUCCAAAUUGGAAAAGAAGAAGUAAAACUCUUUGCAAAUGACAUAAUUUUGUAUGUAGGCAAUUCUAAGGAAUUUGUGCACCUGUACAAACCGAUUAGAACGAAUAAGUGAGUUCAUCAAGGUUGCAGGAUACAAGAUCAACAUACAAAAAUCAGUGGUAUUUCUUUUUUUUUAAUAUUUAUUUUUGAG